CGUAAUCCAAGUGCUGAUUGUGGUAACAGUACCGUAACGGUGGCUGUUAGUGCAAGGUAAAGGUUUGCUGGUGCACCAUGGAGAUCGAGACGCGAAGCAAAGAUUCCCAAAAUGGAAAGUGGUCCAUGGAGAAGGGUACGAUGACGAUGUUCAUCGCUGAGAUAGUGGGCACUGGAGUGCUUCUUUUCGUGGGUUGCAUGGGUUCUUUGGGGACUAUGGGACAUACGCCACCGCCGCCAUUGCAGGCCUCCAUAGCGUUCGGUAUGACCGUCAACCUUCUCAUUAUGAUGUUGGGUCACAUAAGUGGCGCACACAUGAACCCAGCUGUCACGAUCGGAGCAGUUAUAUUCGGCAUUAAAACCAUUCCAACGGGCAUCGUUUAUGUAAUAGCUCAGUUCAUUGGCGCCACUGUUGGAUACGGAAUGCUAAUGACGAUAACUCCGCCCGAAUUAUUCAACGAUGGAUAUUCAAACUCGUCGAACUUCUGCGUAACCGUCGUUCAUCCCGGGAUCAGCACCACGCAGGCCAUUCUAAUCGAAACACUUUGUACGUCGUUCAUCCUUUGCGCAGCUUGCGCUACUUGGGACCCAAGAUGCGCCCACACCACGGAUUCCACUGCAAUCAGAUUUGGUUUCUCCGUUGUUGCGAUUUCACUAGCGGCUAGUCCCUACACUGGUUGCAGCAUGAAUCCUGCUCGUACAUUCGGUCCGGCAUUUUGGAACAGUAACUGGAAGGAUCAAUGGAUUUACUGGUUUGGACCGACUGCAGGCGCUUUGCUCGGAACGUACACCUAUCAGAUCCUUUUCGCGUUGAAAGAAGAGGAUAAAUCGAACAAUAAUCUUGGGUUCAUAGAAAUGAAAGCGGUUAAAACGUACGACGACGAUAUAGUUUGUACCAAAGAGAGAAAUGACAGAGAGGAAAAUCUCCGUUACGAACAUGACAAAGGAGAGAGCGCUGCAUAAAGGGAAAUAUUAAGGUACGAUCACGUAUUACCGUCUGCCAGCAAAAGAGUCUUCCAUGAUAUUCGACGUAGUUCACGACGCCACCACUGGAGUCGCGGCGCGUUACAAUCUGGCCUGCAUUUCCAUUUACCUUCUACAUCGCAGUUAUCUCGUGCCUUUCUUGCAUUAUUUCACGAAACAAUAUAGGAUUACUUGCACUGCCUACAAUCGUUAUUUAAUUUUAUCACUGUGAAAAGUAUAUAUUAAUUAUCUUGUCGUUACGAAAUUGUAGGUUUCAUGAGUAAUACUACGAUUCCUUUAAGUCAAGUUAUUUAAUAUCUACUGAUAAUGCAAGAAUGCAUUCUAGCUAUAAGAAACAAAAUAACAAAUGACACAUGUUUAAACUGAUGCAAACAAUAUGUAUCGCUCUAAUCGAAAGAUUCGUAAGUUUGUGUAUGGCGAAAAAUAUAU